AUGGCAAGCUAUUCCAACAGGAUUAUUAUACCCGAUGACGAAGAAUCGCCAAGCGUCGAGCCAGGUAGCUCGCGUCCUCGAAGAUACCCUCGGCGUGAUUACAGAUACCAGGAGUUCGAGAACUUGCUCGUUGAAGCAAUCGAUGAUGCGCCCAACAUGAUGCCAUCACGUAAACGCAAAAGAACCGAGACAGAGCCGUCUAGUUUGGUACCAGUUCCUCAUAAAACCCUUCUCUUCCUCGACUAA